AUGGGUCGUUGGACACAGUACGACGAGGAUGAAUACCGUCUGCCAGAGGGCAUGAAGCGGGUUGGAUACGAUGCAGACUCAGGGAAAUACUACUUCCGCGACCAGGACGGAACCCUCUGGGAGGGCGAGGAGGGCGCGCGGUUUGGGGAGAUGAAACAAGUCUCGGAGGCACCAAUCGUCGUUAGCGACGACUAUGAAGACGACCUGGAGGCCGCGCCAAGUCGUGCGGACGGGUACCAGUCAUUAGCCGUUGAUCCAGACCAACCGCCGCGCCGCUCGCACGGCAAUGGUCUCGGCGCAUACAAAAUGCUCUUCCCGUUCUUCCUUUUGAUCGUGGUCGCCCUCUUGUUGGUCAUCAGGCUGGUUCACUAUCCCAGUGAGCCCGCGGUACUAUGCCCCGACAAGAGCGAGCUCUCGCACAUAAAAAAGGGUGAUACAUGCUGGAAAUUGUCGCAGGCGCGCAAUAGCACGCUCGACGAGCUCCUUGACGUAAACCCGGGACUGGACUGCGAUGGGCUAGUGCCCGGGCAAGGUGUGUGUUUGCCCACGCAUAAGUAA